AUGGCCGAGGCGGCUGCGGCUCCGGACUUGCAUAUGAGGAGUGACCUCCAACGAGAGGCCCAGAUCCAAUCUGCAGAGAUCUCCGUUCUGGCCAUCUUGGCUGCUGUUCAGGCCAUGGAGAAGAAGAUGGAGUCCCAGGCUGUCCGACUUCAAAACCUGGAGGGACGGACAGGGACAGCUGAGAAGAAGCUGGCCGACUGCGAAAAGAAGGCCAUGGAGUUUGGGAACCAGCUGGAGGGCAAGUGGGCCAUGCUGGGGACCCUGCUGCAGGAGUAUGGGCUGCUGCAGAGGCGGCUGGAGAAUGUGGAGAACUUGCUGUACAACAGAAACUUCUGGGUCCUGCGGCUGCCCCCAGGCAGCAAGGGGGAGGCCCCCAAGAUGCCCGUGACUCCUGAAGAUGAAGCCAUGUAUUUCUCAGAGCAGCAGGGGAGCAGCCUGGAGGACUGGCAGGAGCUCUGCAAGCACGUUGUGAGGGGCAGCUGUGAGACCCUGGACUCCCUGGAAACAGGCCCGCUGAUAUCUCCCCCAGGAGUUCUGUCUUGGAUCAAACAAGAGGAGGCAUGUGGGAGGAGCCAGCAGGGCCCACAGGAGACGACUUCUACACACCUGUGCUCAGAAACCUGGUUGGUCAGCAAAGAGAAGAGGAGUCUGGAGGGAGAAUCUGAGGGCCAGGAGCCAGCCCUGGCCUCUGAAGGGGGUUCUGGCAAGGAAGACUUCGAGGGGGACACUUGUGGGGAUCUGUCUCCUGCCCCCAGGGAGAGGGAAGUGGCCUCUCUCCCUCCAACUCCUGUGAGCCAGGCCGUGCUGGCCACUGGGGUCACGGAACAGUGUUCCCCCUGUGCAGAGUGUGGCCAGAGCUUCAGCCCGGAGGAGCUCAGCACGCAGCACCAGCACACACACCCCAGCCCUCUCCCCUUUGCCCGUGCUCAGUGUCCCAAGAGCUUCACGCAGCGGGCCAGCCUCGCCAGCCAUCUCCGCGUGCACACAGCCAAGCGCGCCUACACCUGCGCCCAGUGCGGCAAGAGCUUCGUUCAUCAGUCAACACUCACUACCCACUACCGCACACACACUGGGGAGAAGCCCUAUGAGUGUCCCGAGUGUGCCAAGCGCUUCGGCCGCCUGUCCACGCUGCUGGAGCACCGGCGCACGCAUACAGGCGAGCGGCCCUUCCAGUGCACACAGUGUGGCUGCCGCUUCGGCCGCCUAUCCACACUGGUGGAGCACCGGCGCACGCACACUGGCGAGAAGCCCUUCCAGUGUGCACAGUGUGACAAGCGCUUCACGUGCCUGGCCAACCUGACUGUGCACCAGGGCGUGCACUCGGGCGAGCGCACCUUCCAGUGUGCCCAGUGUGGCAGCCGCUUCACGCAGAAGCCCAGCUUCUUGCGCCACCUCCGUGGCCAUUCGCAGGAGAAGCGCUAUCCCUGCGGCCAGUGUGGCAAGAGCUUCACCUGUCCUUCCUGGCUCCUGCGACACCAGGGCAGCCAUGCCAGCCGGGCCCCUGUGUCCUGUGCGGCUUGCGAGAGUGGCUACCCAGCCCACGAGCCUCCUGCUGGCCUCCUCAAGUAUGCAGUGUGGGGAAGGCCCCCCAGCGACCCUUCUGCUGCACCCGGAUUUGAGAAAACAAGGACCGAGCAUGGCCUCCUGGGGCACCCUGGGGACCGGCAGCUGAGUGGUCGUGAUCUGGAAGGUCUUAGAGAGGUGCCACAUAGUACUUUCUCUCUUGUGAAGCUGGAGAUGGUGGGAUAG